AUGGCACAGCAGUCCCAGGACGCGAAGGACCAGGGGCAAGGCUUCAAGAACCAUGUGGAAAACAUCGCGAUUGUGGGGGCAACCGGCCGCAUAGGAGCAUUCAUAACACAGGAACUGCUCAAGACCAAGAAACACAAAGUGACGGCGUUGACACGUGCGGACAGCAGCAGCAGCAACAAGCUGGCGACGGUGGCCGGACUUACGAUCCAACCCGUCAACUACGACGAGCCGGAGUCGCUGGUGUCAGCGCUGCGCGGACAGGAGGUUUUGAUCAUCACGAUGGCGGUGACGGCGCCGCCCGACCAGGAGGCGAAGCUGAUCCGCGCGGCGGCCGAGGCCGGCGUGGCAUGGGUGAUGCCCAACGAAUGGGGGCUGGACCCGUGGAACGAGGCGCUCGCACAGGAGUCGUAUCUCGGCGAUGCGAGGAAGAAGGCGCGCGACCUGAUCGUCAGCCUGGGCAAGAGCGCUUACAUCUCGCUGGUGUGCGGCAUGUGGUAUGAGUUUAGCCUGUCGGGCGGGCCGGAGCGCUAUGGCUUCGACUUGCCUAACCGUACUGUCACCUUCUUCGACGACGGCAACACCAAGGUCAACACCAGCACCUGGGAGCAGUGUGGGCGCGCCAUGGCGAGGCUGCUUAGCCUGAAGGUGGUUGCGGACGACACCAACGACAACAACUCUACCACGACCAACACCACUACAACCACCACAACCCCAACUCUAUCCCAGUUCAAAAAUGGGUUUGUGUAUAUCUCCUCGUUCCUACUCAGCCAGCGAGACAUGUUCCAGUCCGUGCUGCGCGCCACCGCCACCAGCGAAGCCGACUGGUCCGUCAAGUAUCAGGAUGUCAAGACCCGAUAUAACGAGGGGCUCGUCGAGAUGCAGAAGGGCACUGUGGCCGGCUUCGUGCAGGUGCUCUAUUCUAGAUAUUUCUACCCGGACGGUAGUGGCUGCCAUGAAGCCAGGCAUGGCUUGCAUAAUGACCUGCUGGGCCUGCCGAAGGAGGAUCUCGAUCACCGCACUAAGCUCGCCAUCGUCAUGGCUGAAGAGGGAGAGUCUGCUGGACGGGUUUGA